AUGCAAUUACCCAAAUGUGGUCAUCGGUAUUGUCAAACAUGUUUAGAUAUUGAACAAGAAACGAUAAUUAAAUGCCAGCAAUGCCAAGCAGAAUCGUUAAGGAAUGACGAACAUCUUGACCAAUUUCAUUCAAAUGGCAAAUGUGAAUAUUGCGGCGAACAGUUCAAUUCAAUUAACAAACUGAAUGAACAUAAAGUCUUCAAAUGUCGACAUCUCAUUGUUGACUGUAUAUUGAAAGGUUUUGGUUGUAAUGAACGAAUUAUCCGUGUUGAAAUGCAAGAUCAUUAUUUAACUCAACAACAUCAACAUGCUUUACUCAAUGCUGUUCAUCAAAUGUUAUCACAAUUAAACGACAGACAAACGGAUAUUGAGCAUUCUCGAACAACAACUGCGGGACCUUGUAAUUCUGCUACAGCUCAAUCAGAAGAGCUUUAUGAAAUGCUUAGUAUUUUAGUAGGUGGUAUAGAAACAUUGGCCAAUGAUGAACAACGCCUAGCCACUGAAGCACUAAAAAUGCAAACGGCUAUUCCAACACUGACAGAAGAAUUAUCGAAAGUUAAAUUAUCUGUUGAAGAGUCAAAUGCUUUUUUGGAAGGAGUCAAACAUAAUCAAGCCAUUCUUAACCAAGAUUUAUUAUCAUUGCAAGAAAAAAUCAAUGAUUUGCAAUAUAUAUCGUACGAUGGAACACUCGUUUGGAAAAUAGGAAACUUCCACGAGAAAAUGAUUGAUGCACAGUCCGAAAGACAAACAUCAAUUUAUUCAUCCCCAUUUUAUUCGUCUCCAAAUGGGUAUAAAAUGAGAGCUCGCCUUUAUUUGAAUGGUGAUGGAAAUGCUCGUCGUACACAUAUGUCGCUCUUUUUUGUGCUCAUGCGAGGUUUGAACGAUCCAAUUCUCAAGUUUCCGUUCAAUUAUAAGGUCACAUUCUGUUUGUACGAUCAAACUCCUCAACAACGACAUAUUAUCGAUUCAUUUCGACCAGACAUUAAAUCAAGUAGUUUUCAACGACCUCGAUCGGACAUGAAUAUAGCCAGUGGCAUACCAAAAUUUUUCUCAUUAGAAGCGAUUCAACAGGAAGGAAAUCCGUAUGUCAGAGACGACACAAUGUUUAUUAAAAUUAUGGUUGAUUUUGGAGAAAUACCCAAAACAUUAUUGCCGUAUGCUUUGAGUCUCAGUCCAGGUCUACCGAUGCAAAUUCAGCAAGCGAUGAUCAAGCAAGAAGCUGAACGAAGAUCUCAACAACAUUCUGGCGAGUCAAUGUUGAUAUCGCAGGAGUGA